CUCUGAAGGACGCUCUGUGUGCAUGUGUUGGCUGUGAUACCCGGUGUUCUAUCAGUGCAGGAGCCUGGCAGGACUGCAAGCUGGCAGGCGGAAGCAUGGCGCUGCGGAUGGGUGUCCGGUUAUUGAUGGGAUGCAGUCUUGCAAGGAGAAGUCCAUCGCUUUUUCAGGCGACGUGUGUGUCAUGCAGGAGAGAAUUCACAAGUCAUACACCAAGCCUUUAUUUACAGGCUUCCACAGAUUUUAACAGUUUUGCUUCACGUUCUCAUACUUGUGGAGAGUUGUGUUCUGCAGAUAUUGGCCGGGAGGUGACUCUGUGCGGCUGGCUGCAGUAUCAGAGACAGGGACUGUUCGUGGUAUUACGAGAUUUCCAUGGGUUGACCCAAGUGAUUCUCCCUCAGGAUGAGCAUAAUUUGGAUCUGAAGAACUUGUUGAGUGAGGCGACCUUAGAAUCUGUGGUGCUGGUCAAAGGAACAGUGAUAGCUCGGCCACAUGGUCAAGAGAAUCCAAAAAUGGCUACUGGCGAGAUUGAAGUUCAGGCAAGCCACGCACAAAUCCUGAACCCCUGUAAGAAACUGCCAUUUGAGAUCAAAGACGUUGUGAAGAAAUCGGAGUCUUUGCGGAUGCAGUAUCGUUACUUGGAUCUGCGCAGCUCCCAGCUACAGUACAACCUUCGCCUGAGAUCCAGUAUGGCAAUGAGAAUGAGAGAGUAUCUAUGUAACCAGCAUGGAUUUGUGGAUGUAGAGACCCCAACUUUAUUUAAAAGGACCCCGGGGGGUGCCAAGGAGUUUGUGGUUCCCACCCAAGAACAUGGAAUGUUUUACUCCCUGCCGCAGAGCCCACAGCAAUUCAAACAGCUUCUAAUGGUUGGAGGACUGGACAGGUACUUUCAAUUAGCGAGGUGCUAUCGUGAUGAAGGCUCAAGACCAGAUCGCCAGCCAGAGUUUACACAGGUUGAUAUUGAAAUGUCCUUUGUGGAUCAGGCUGGGAUCCGGAGCCUGAUUGAGGGAUUGUUGCGAUAUUCCUGGCCGAAGGAGAAGGGGAGCCUUCCAGAUCCCUUCCCCAUUAUGACCUAUGCCGAGGCAAUGAGCAGUUAUGGCUGUGACAAACCCGAUACUCGCUUUGAGAUGAAGAUUACUGAUGUUACGUCUGUUUUUAGUGCUGCACAGCUGGGAUUUGUACAAGAGAUCCUGAAUAAGCCCCGUGGCUGUGUAAAAGCCAUUCACAUUCCAGAGGGAGCGAAAUAUCUGAAGAGGAAAGAUUUGGAUUCCAUGAUGAAGAUAAUUAAAGAUCAGUAUAAACAGGAUGUGAUGCCCCUAGUACUGAAGUCCGAUGGGAGUUGGAGAUCUCUGCAGAAAUUAAUCAGUGAAGAGUUGAAGAAAGACCUGACCGAUGCGAUGGGAGCCAAGGCUGAAGACCUCAUCCUGCUGGCAGCUGGGGAUCAUGAUAGAGUUUGCACAGCAUUAGGGAAACUUCGGCUAGAUGUUGCUUGCCGUCUGGAAGAAUGUGGUGUUUCUCUCCGCAGUCUCACCGAUUACAAUUUCUUGUGGGUGGUGGACUUUCCCCUGUUUCUCCCGAAGGAAGAUAACACUCAGGAACUAGAAUCUACCCACCAUCCUUUCACAGCCCCUAAUCCUGAGGACAUGGAUCUUUUGUACACAGAACCAGAGAAGGUCCGUAGUCAACACUAUGACCUGGUUCUAAACGGUUGGGAAGUUGGAGGGGGUUCAAUCCGUAUCCACAAUGCUGAUUUGCAACGUUGGGUCCUAGAACAUGUCUUAAAGGAGGAUGCGAACGUUCUCUCUCAUUUGUUAGAGGCUUUGGAAUCUGGAGCUCCUCCACAUGGCGGGAUUGCUUUAGGACUUGAUCGCCUUACUGCAAUAAUUACUGGUGCGCCAAGUAUCCGUGAUGUUAUUGCCUUUCCCAAAUCUUUCCGGGGUCGAGACCUGAUGAGCAACGCACCAGACUUUGUGUCUGAUGAAGUACUCCAGCUGUAUCAUAUAAAGGUCAGGUGUCCAGACAGUGGGAAUUGAUGGGGCAAGAAGUGUAAAUCCGGUAUGCAUCUAUUCUACUGGAGGAAAAGGAAGGCUUAUCCAGCCUGGAUUCUGGUUCCACCAGAGGUGGACAUAAUGGAAUGGAAGGUUCUCAGGGUCCUGUCCUGAGAUAAACCAGACACUUCUAGAAUCUUCUAGGUACAGGGAUUAACAUUGUUUACAAACUAUUGAUUAGCUUAUUUUAUACAUUUUUAUGGAUCAAUGAAACUCCUUCCUUUUAAUUCUUAUCUGUGGAUACAUUCUGCUUAUUCAUGUCAAAUAAUGGGUGGGUUGUUAUUUGGCUUGUGGGAACCGAAUGGUGCGUUGCACCAAAGAACAGGUAUAAAAUGAUUGGAUACAUAAUUAUUGU